GGGCUAUGGAAAGGGGGUGGCAUCUUCAACACAUGGGCCCUGAAUGUGCGCAAUUGCUGAGAGUGAGAGAAGGCAAUGUCAUUGAGGUGCAGGGGCAGGAGCACUAGUGCGCGCAGCUUCUCUCCCUGAGUUACUUCAGCCUGCACAUCUCCAGUAUCACAUCCAGAAAGGGUAAACCAGGAAACAGAGAGAAGCAGGAGAGAAGUGGCGACACAUUCACUGAACUCUGUGAGGAGGCCCCCUUCUGUCUCCUUCUGGGUGUGGUGCUGGUGCAGAUGACGCUAAUGCUAGAGAAAUGUCCCCAGGAGACAUGGCUUUGUGGCUGCCUUUGGCUCUGCUCCUCCUGCAGGUUCCAGGCUGUCUUCUCCUGAGCGGUCCCAGCAUUGUGACUGGCACCGUGGGAGGAUCCCUGAGUGUGCGGUGCUGGUAUGACGAGGAAGACAGGACACGUAACAAGUACUGGUGCAAAGAAUCAUUUGUGAUACUAUGUGACCAUAUUGUGGAGACUAAAGGCUCAAUGAGAGCAGUGAGGCAAGGCCGAGCGACCAUCAGGGACCAUCCUGCCAGCCUCAGCUUCACGGUGACCUUGGAGAACCUCACCCUGCAGGACGCAGGCUCCUACCAGUGUGGGGUUGAUGUAUCGUGGCGAAGAGAUCCCACCGUCGAUGUUAUAGUGUCUGUUCUCCCAGCUACAGCCACAACCACAGUCUCGCACCUUAAGGGUAUCACAAGCACCACAGGACCUCCCCUGUCUCUGUCUGUGCACGCUUCGCUCAUCACUACCAGAGGGGACACCUCCAGUCCCAGCCCACAGCCUCGGUCCUUGUUCAGCAGCAUUCAUUUCAUGCUCCUGGUCUUCCUGAAGGUGCCCCUGUUCCUGAGCAUGCUCAGUGCCAUUCUUUGGGUAAACAGGUCACAGAGAGGCUCUGGAUGGAGGCGAAGUUAUCCAGAGUAUGAGAACCAGUAACACUUCUUGCCCAUCGAGGCCCUGUCCAGAGACACAACUCUGUGAUGGAUGAGUAUGACCUUCUGACCAAUGAACCCUCUGUCACUCUCCACAUAUGUAUUAGAAUAAUCUUUGUGAUCUUCUCUAAAAUCUUUCCUUGUUUACCACCCUCAUAUAUUAAAAGAGUUCCUAGUUGAUCUGUCCUCCUCAAAGUAUGACUGCAUAUCAGCUUUGCAUAUGUACCUGCCAGAUUAACUUUAGAUCACUACCAGUACUCCUAAGACCCUAGAAGUCUUUAAUCCUACCCAACACAGGGCUUUGCUUUUGUUUCACUGUUUUCAUAGAGCCAGUGUGUGAUUCUUGCAGUCACUGUAUUUGUCUACUUAGUUACACAUUUGUUAAUUCAUGAAAUGACAAUGCAGAGCUUCAAUGAUUCACUGAGCUCUCUCUCAGACCUGAAUCAACUAUAAUGUUCGUUGAUCUCCUCAGACUCAUGGACCAAAGUUCCAUAUUGGGUCCCUAAGGUUGGGACCUAGAGAUGGAGACCACUAUGGAGCAGCUCUGAGCAAGAUUUAAAUUAACAAUUUGGCUUUUCAUGUUUAGUUGAGUCUGUCCAAGGCCUAGUCCCCUUGUCUGGAGGUGGGCAGCAGACUCAUAGUAAGUGAACCUCAUGAGUCACUGUUCCCAGCUAAGGCCUGUAAUGGAGGGUGAAGCCUGGACAUUUCAAAGAACAGGACAAGGCCACAGCUAAGGACACCUGGCUCCAACCUCAAUUAACUAGAUAAAGACUGUAACAGCAGGCAUCUCACUCCUGAGUGGAGAUCUUCCUGAAGAUAACAUAGUUCUGCUAAAUUAACAUAAUCUCUUACUUGGAGAAGUCCUUGUGCAGUUCCCAGCCUGUCUUCAGUAUUGCCCUUCUUUGUUUGAUAACUAAAUAAAUAUGGCUGCCCAGAGAAGAUCUUUGUCUCAACCCCCAGAGAAUCCUGAAUUCUGCUAGAGGGUUUUGACCUUCCUGGAGCCCUAAAAUAAUA